AUUUGCUGGAUAAACGUAGCUGUAAGGCUACCUGCAGACAUCUGGUAGAGCACAUAUAAUUAGAUUUACAAUUUACCUGGACGAAAAAAGAUCUAAGUCCGUGCGAACCCGAAAUAGAACAUAUCUCUUCCUAGCUGUUGUGAGAAGAAUCAACCUACAUUUGAAAAGUUAGUAAACAUCAUGAGUUCUCAGGGUUCUGCUAAAGACGCACAGCCAACUAAGCCGGAUUCGUUAUAUAGAAAAUGGUUUGUGUUGAUGUCUGGAUUUUUUAUCAUGUUUUUGUGCACUGGAUUUCCCUUCAAUAUGUCUGUCCUUAACCCUGCGCUCCUUCGCACAUUUGAGAAAAGUAAGGCGGAAACUGCUUUGGUACAGUCGAUAACGAUCGGGGUGCUAUAUAUAGCAGGAGCCUUGUGCGGGAGGAUUGUUUCCAAAUAUGGAGCUAGAGUGACAGGGAUAACCGGAAGCAUAGUUACGACGCUCGGUCUGGUUUUCUCUUUCUUUGCCGAAAGUAUUCCUCAUCUCAUUGUUACCCUUGGAUUAGUUUCAGGAUUUGGUUUCUCUGCUACUUUCAUCUCAGCAUUUACAACAGUCGGAGAAUACUUUGAAGGGAAAUCUAAACUAAUGGCGUUAUCAUUCCUCUCAUUUGGAUCAGGAUGCGGUUCAAUAGUAAUUCCCUAUCUCUUACACUUCCUUAUAGAAGAGUUCGGUUGGAGAGGGUGUCUACUUAUUUUCGGAGGACUUUUUGCAAAUAUGAUAUGUUUCUUUUCUGUUUGCAAACCACUGUCAAUCGGCAUAUCACAAAAUACGUCAAAGAAAUCAAAAGAUUUUGACCCCGAAUCGACUUCGAACGAGGACGGUUUUACGAAAUCAAUACGGUCAUUGGUCACCAGUAAAGUUUAUUUAACAUACACAGUAGCCAUGUGCUUCACACUUCCGGUCAUAAACUCAUUAAUGGUUUUUAUCAUCGAUUUCCUAACGACGAACGGAUUUGAAUCUGACACAAGGAUACAAUUGUAUCUUUAUUUACAACUUGGAAACGCAUUGUGCAGAUUUGUUCCCGGUUUAUGUAAAAAGUAUAUUCCUCACACGAGCGUUCUUAUUAUUCCUGCGUGUUUUACAGUAAUCGGAUCAACAGCGAUUGCGUUGCUUCCUCAUGCAGACACGUAUAUACAUUAUAUUAUCCUCUUGGUCUGUUUGGGGAUGGCGUUAGGUGUUGGCGUCACAACCAUCUCUAUGACAACCAUGAAGCUCGUUGGGCUUCAUAAGUACUCUGCGGGACUAGGAGUACUUAUGACGCUCAUGGGCAUCAGUAAUUGCCUUGCAGGACCCAUUGCUGGACUGUUUGUUGAUCUGACGGGAUCCUACACGAAACCUUUUUACUGUAUGUCUGGUGGUCUCGGAUUCGCGACUGGCAUGUUCUUACUAGCUUCUUGGCUAAAAAGGAAAUCUACAACAAAUCAUUCAGACAUUGAAAUUAAUACCAGCGUUAUCGAGGUAAACGACAAUCCUACAUUUACUCCAUAAAACCAUGUUCGACUAAUGAAGAACUACCGGUGUUGCUUAGUGAAUUCUGUCUGUGUUAGCUGCGAUUUAUAGCGUUAUAUGACUAGGAGCACUUGUAACUGGUUGAUCUUGUUUAAAAUCCUGUGGAUAUUUUAAAGCUUGAGCAUGCUCCUUAUGCUUAAACGCACUAAGCAUCUAUCAAUUGCAACGGUGCAAGUCGACAUAACAUAAAGGGAAAUAACGCGUUGGAUAUAAUGAAGGAAUCCCGGUGUUAUUCUUCUUUGACGUGUCCAUGUAAAAAUAUGUGAUAUAUGUAAGAUGUGUACUUUAAUCAAGAUGAAGAAAAAAGGUUCCGUGCAGAAAUGUUUGGACAAGAGAAAUGAUAUAAAGUUUAGCUUGCAGGAAUCCUUUACCUUAUCUACUUUUAUCAUCAGUGAUAUCGGAAACCUUUUAAGUCUUAAAUAAUACGAGGUGAAUAAUCCCAAAUGGUUUCUGAGACAUCGAUGGUGCCCUCCGGAAGCAAAUAUCACACCGAUAAUUUUCUAUGUUUGUUUUUCUCUCGCUGUUAGUUAUGCACCUAUAAACUCAACUAUAAAGGUUUUUAUGCUCCUUCAACUCAAAGAUAACCCAACAGCAAAUUGAAGUUGAAAAUGGCCACCGAAGGUGACAUUUAAUGACAAAUUAUUACAUGACGUACAUUUGAUCACAAGUUUACUUAUAUAACCUAGAUUACAAAAUGUACAUCAAUACACACUGUUUUGCUUAAUUAUCUAUUAUUGACCUUUAGCCAUAGUGGGGUUGUAAAAAUCCGCCAAUUCCAAAAUGAAGAAAUGUUUUUUAUUUAUUUAUUUUAU